UCACAUGUGGUGUAGUUCGGUUUAAUAAAACGAGCGCUCUGAGUCGAUUGUUAACUGUUGUACUGUUUGUCCCAGUUAAAAUGGCUGUGCGUUUAUCCGUUUUGGGCACCUUUGGACUGCUGGUGCUGGUGACCUUUACAGCGGCUUCGCCCUUCGGUUCUUUCUUAUCUAAAAUAUCGAAAAAGGGGAAGCUGGCGUCUCCGUAUGAAUAUUUGUUCGUUAUUGCUUCGGAAAUUUUCUAUUACAGCUAAUGGACCUUCGAUGAACGAGCGGUUCAGAGACAAGGAUGGAUUUCGGUUCGCCCAUGUUUACCAGAUGGAGUUUGGCACGGACAUUCGGUUUUAUUACAAUGGUUUCGUGUUCAGGUCACCCAAAGAUAAGCUUGAUAAGCUUGUCAAAACCGCAAAGACAGAUUUACCCGCCCGCUAUCGUCAUUUGGAGAACAGUCCGCUCGCCAACUAUUAUAUUCACACAAAAUUGUUGGAUGUGCGUGAGGAUUUGGUUCCAGAUCUGCAUUACAUGAUCGAUCAUGCGGAGGAGUUGUGGGACCGUGGUAAUCAGCACAUCAAUUAUACGGUUUUUUCCAAAACACUGCCCAAAAGCAAACAACAUGGCCCUCUCACAUGGGAUCAGCUCCCCAAACAAGUGUUCGAUGGGCUGUUGGAGCCGGAUUCCUUUCCAAAGACAUCCCUGUCGAAAGGAGCAAAGGAAGCUCCAUGGUGAACCGGAAGCACGACGACGAAAUUGCCCCGAAACUGUGCUUGUGCAAUCGGUUCCAUACAUCAUAUAAUUAACCCAUCCUGCAGCUUUGCAUAAUCGUCUAUUAUUCCUUCAUGUCUCUGAUUGUCAAGUAACGUAAGAAUAUGUAUAUCUACCUACUAAUUUGGUUUGUGCGCGGCUUUCAUUAGCAUGGUUUCGGUUUCCAUGUUUCGGUGUACCGUUCUAAAAUAAAUUGA